AUGAUAAGGGAUAUCUAUGUAUUCUUCUUAGCAUACACUAUUAAAAUAAAGUUCCCAAUUUGUGGGACAAAGAUCCUUAAAAUUGCCAAAGUAUACAUUACAUAUUGUUUCGUGUUCGUCAAUAGUGCACCAACAUGUGCAGACCCUGAAGACGUACAGGCUAAAUUAAACAGUAUAAACGGAGGAGUAGAUUACAGGACAUUAUUUUUCACUGACGGCUGGAAACCAGACACGAUGGUCAGUGAUUUUGAAAAUCUGGUAUCUCUAAGGAAGGAUAUGACAAAGAUCGGUUGUCCUUCAACCUUUUUAGAAGGAUUUGAUCUCCCAUUAAUGGCACGUACAUCAUGCCCUUGGUUUUUGGAACAAACGCCAUACAAUGCUGAAACAUAUCCCCAUACACUCUAUAGAGCUGCUACCAAAUGUGAUAAAUGUAUAGAUGCUUCUGGCGAUCAAAAAUGUUCACCAAUUCAACGGAAAAUCAAGAUAUUACGAAGAACUGGUUGUGACAAUGGGCUUUAUCAAUAUGAAGUCUCAGAGAAAUAUAUCCCAAUAGCCUAUGUAUGUGAAAAGCAAAGAGAGGUCGAACAUGAUGCUCCAAUAAUCCCUGCCCUACCACCAGCUGAUGGACCAGACGGAAUGUAA